AUUUUUCAUUUUUCAAGCUUACGGAAAAAAGCGGAAGUGAUAGGAGCGCUAGUUGCUUUACAACGCUGUCGUGCCUUUUCCGGUUAAUCUGCCAAAAUGGGUCGCGUUAGGACAAAGACUAUCAAAAAGGCAGCUCGAGUCAUCAUCGAGAAGUAUUACACUCGUCUGACACUCGAUUUCCACACGAAUAAGAGAAUAUGCGAGGAAAUUGCUAUUAUUCCUAGCAAACCCCUCAAGAACAAAAUUGCUGGAUUCGUGACUCACCUUAUGAAGAGACUUCGCCACUGUCAAGUUCGUGGCAUUUCCAUAAAACUUCAGGAGGAAGAACGUGAAAGAAGGGACAAUUAUGUUCCAGAGAUUUCUGCCUUGGAGAGCGACAUCAUUGAGGUUGAUGCCGAGACUAAGGAAAUGUUGAAACUCCUGGAGAUGAACAACAUUCCUGGCCUUCAAUUAAUUCAACCUGCAGCACAUCAUUCGUAUCCAAACAGGCGAAAUUAAUUAGCAUACAUUCUUUUCACGUACAUAAAAACAAAAACAUAAAAUUGAGAAAGAUGUCAGUCUCGCUUUUUUAUUAAUAAAAAAACGUAAACGGGCAA